CUGUCUGUUAAUGAAAUGGAUCUGGUUUAUGAAAACUCUGAUAUCGUACGUGCAACAAUUGCUACAAGUGGCAAAUGCUCCCAAUACAAAGGUCAAAAAAGCUUCAAUAAAGACAUUCCUCAUCAUCAACGGACUAAAGUUCUUCUGGUCGCUCUCAUCGUUUGUCUUGUCGUUGCUCUCGGAGCUGUCUGCACCCUGGCCAUGUUUCUAGCACAUGCAAAACAUUACAAUGUGUCUGUAUCUGAUCAGGAACACAAUGUCACAGAUUACAUGGAACAGCUUGAUGUGCUGCGCAUUCAGCAUCAGGAGACACUUCGAAAGCUGAACAGAUUAAACCAAAGCAGCGGCUGUGCGCUCUGUGCUGUCCGCUGGACUCAUUCUGGAGGAAAGUGUUACUACUUCUCUACAGUCAAGAUGAACUGGACACAAAGUCGAGAUCACUGUGUGACCAAAGGAGGACAUUUAGUGAUCAUAACCAGCAAAGCAGAGCAGGAUUUUCUAACCUCUAAUGUUAAAGAGACUCACUGGAUUGGUCUUAAUGAUUUGGACACUGAGGGACACUGGAUUUGGGUGGACAACCAGCCACUGAGCCAAACAGUAGAGUUCUGGAUAAAGCGAGAGAAUGGGGUCAGAGAGCCUGAUAACUGGACUAAACAGCAUGUGGAUGGUGAAGACUGCGCUAGUCUGGGUCACCCAGGUGGAGAGACAGAUUUCUGGACAGAUGCUUACUGUUUUCAGAAGAAAAGAUUCAUCUGUGAAGCUGCAGCAGCUGUUUGAUUCAAUACGUUUUCAUGGCUUCGAAUGGAAGUAAAUGCAUUUAGAAGCAGGUCACAUGUAGAGAUACUCCAAUAAUAUGGAAAACAGUCUUGUCCAGUUGCAACACAAUUAAAAUAUCCCAGUCUAUUUAAAGCUUUUAGGUUAUUGUAGAGUUUAAGAUUAUGUUGUUUGUGUUUAUAAAAAUAAUGCGCUUGACUACAAGUAGUAAUAUUAAAAGAACUAACUCGCACCUGCAGCAUUAAUGUGGAUUAUUUGAUUUAUUGACUAACGUGACUUUAAGAGAGUAUUGUUUGCAUUGUAAUAUCGUUAUUAAUUGUACAAACAUACACUAGAGGCCUAAAGUGAUGUCCUGCCUUGAAAAAUUCAUACUUCAUCCAUUAUUUGGACUAAAGUUUUUUGUUGAAAAACUUUAAACAGAAAAAUCUUUAAAGAGUAAAGUGCUGAGAAAUGCACAAGAGCUGUAAUCAAAUACAAGGAAAAAAUUAAAUAUUACUAACUGAU